UUGAGCGAUCAUAUUGACCAACAUUCAGAGUUAUUCACAUUCCCUUCUGGUUUCCGGUCCAUCUUGGUUCUUUUAUAUGUGGGCGUCUCUCUCUGUCCAUUUGCACGAGCCCUAAAAGCGGAAAGAACAUGGGCUCGACUAGCGAAUCUGCUGGAACUCUAAGCAGUGACCAUUUUGAUAGCGUAAAGGAAGAAGAAGAAGAGGAGGAGGAGGAGGAGGAGGACAAUGACGGCGAGAGUAACGGGGAAGAAGCAACAACUAGCGGAUCUACAGAGGGCAGAUUCUUGCGCAGGCUUUCUCGGAGAUUCCCGGUCAUUGCCGCUCUCCAAAAGCUUCCCUUGAACCAGGCCGGAGAGGAAUUACAGUCACUCAUGAAGAUCGCGUGCCCCAUUGUGAUGACCACACUGCUCAUCUUCUCGAGGUCGGUGAUCUCCAUGCUCUUCCUGAGCCAUCUCGGCAAGGAGGAGCUAGCCGGCGGGGCCCUUGCCCUCGGCUUCAGCAACAUCACAGGCAACUCAAUCCUGAAGGGCCUCGCGAUAGGCAUGGACCCGAUCUGCGCCCAGGCCUUCGGGGCCAAGCGGUGGUCGGUCAUGAGCCAGACGUACCAGAAGACCCUCUGCCUGAUGCUUCUCGUGUGCGUCCCCAUAUCGGCCCUCUGGCUCCACAUGGAGUCGAUCUUCGGCUGGCUCGGCCAGGACCCGGAGAUCACCCACAUUGCCCAGGUCUACAUGGUGUUCUCAAUCCCCGAGCUCUUCGCUCAGGCUUGCCUCCAUCCAUUGAGAAUUUUUCUGAGGACUCAGGGCGUGACCACACCUCUCACAAUAGCCUGUGUCUGGUCGGUGAUCCUGCACAUGCCCAUCAACUACUUCCUGGUGGUCUACUUGGGCCUCGGUGUGAAGGGUGUGUCGCUCGCCCUCAGUUGGAACACCAUUAACCUCAACCUCGGCCUGCUCAUCUAUCUGGCCGCAUCACCGACGACCCUGAAGCCAUGGCACGGGGCUGGCUUCUCCUCAAUCCUCCAGGGGUGGCGGCCGCUUCUGGCCCUGGCCUUGCCGAGCUGUGUCUCAGUGUGCCUCGAGUGGUGGUGGUACGAGAUCAUGCUCUUCCUGUGCGGUCUGAUCAGCAACCCCAAGGCCUCAGUCGCGGCAAUGGGAAUAUUGAUUCAAACGACCGGGUUGUUGUACACGUUCCCGUUCUCACUCAGCUCGGGCCUGUCUGCACGCAUCGGGCAGGCCCUGGGCGGGGGCAACCACCUCCAGGCCCAGCUCGUAACCAUCAUCGGGAUAGCUGCGGCGGUCGCCUUCGGGAUUGCUGCCCUCAUCUUCAUGAUCGCCAUCCGGUCGGUGUGGGGCCGGAUCUACACAGACGAUCCGCAGGUCCUCAAAUUGGUCUCCUCGGCGCUCCCGAUCCUCGGCCUUUGCGAGCUCGGGAACUCCCCUCAAACCGCAUCCUGCGGGGUACUGACGGGGACAGCCCGGCCCAACAUUGGGGUCCGUAUAAACCUCUUCUCAUUCUACUUGGUCGGAUUGCCCGUCGCGGUGCUCACGACGUUCCAAUUCAAGAUUGGAUUCCGCGGGCUGUGGUUCGGCCUGCUGGCAUCCCAGAUCUCUUGUGUGUGCUUGAUGACUUACACAUUGAUUCAGACGGAUUGGAAGCAUCAGGUCAAGAGGGCCGACGAGCUGACCACGGUCCCAAACGCCAGCCACCAGAAUGAUUUAGAGUCUGGCCUGCUCUCCGAUCAGUGAUUAAAUUGCAACAAACCAAGAAGAGCAGAAAGACAAGAUUGUUGACAUGAUUUUUCAGGAAUUAACUUCGUACAUAUUAGUAACAUUACCUCUGAGCACAUCAGAUUAUUGUCUUUAGAAGUUGGAAGAAUACCUAGAUCAUCUUAACCUCAUUCAUUUUACAGAUCAUGUUCUAAUGGCUAGAAUUGACCAUCUUCCAAAGGUGGCCUGUUGAUCAGGUUUUCUAAAUAUCCAUACUAAAACAUGCUUUACCUGA